UCUUUUCGUCAGUCAGCUGUUCGGUUGUUUUUCUCUUGUGACAUUUGAUUUGUUGACAGCGAACGGGGUGGUCGGUGAAUAAUAUCUUCCGCGAAAGGCUUAUUGCGUUAUAAGUGAAGCGAUUACAGCAGGCUUGCCACCGGGAAUACCCUAAGACUCAAUAUUUUGAGUUUUCUGCAAGAUGUCCGAUGAGGAGUCUUUUGUCAUUUUGGGGUCUACGCCAACCCCAUCGAUGGAGGCGUACUCGAGCUUUACAGAUAGCGCCGAGUUACCGAGAAGCAGUGGGAGAUAUAAUACUGUCGCCGGAACUUCGGAAAAUUCAGUUUCGGAAACAUCAUUGUCUAUAAACUCUGCUAAAUGCGUCCCUGCAGAGAGCAACACCAAUGACGAACCGGAUCAAGGUCCACAGACGGCCAAAAGUACUUCCCAGCCAUGCAGCCCGAUUAAAAGUAUUGGGAUAACAUCCCUUGGGGAAAAUUCCUUGCCGGAAAGUAUAGCCAGCAAAUAUCUCCUUGGGAAAGUUGGCGAGGACGAAAUGAAGAUGUACGUGACAAGCAUGUUUCCCACUACCGUGAGCAACAGUCUACAACCUAAAGAGGUCCAGGAGCUUCAGCAACUCAUAGUCGAUCAUCAUGCCUACAAAAAUCAAGUGAUGAUUAUGAAUACGAAACUGGAAAAUUUGGUUAAAAUAAUAGAAGAAGCGAAUAAACAGACACAAUCGAAACAUCAACAGGAAAUUGAUCAGCUUCGUAAGGAGAAUGACGCUUUAAAGCAAGAGCUUGAAUCACGAAUAGAAGCAAUCAAACUUAGCGAAGAAAUGUUACAGAAGGAUCAAUUCGAACUUGUACAGAAAGUAUCUGAGGGAAAAUCUGUCAUGAGCAAUAUAAGCGCGCAUCUUGAAAAGCUUGACUUACAGCAGCAUAACAUUUCGCUCCUAAAUCUAAACGAAGGCGCUCCGAAUGUGGUUCUUGACGAUAACACGAUCAUGAAAAUAAAGAGCCUGGAAUUCAAGUUGUCGGAAAUCAAAGCAGAAAAUUUGGAAUUGAAAGAUAUGCAAAAAGUUUAUAUCGAUGAAAUAAAUUGUCUUAAAGUCAAUUUGACUGCGGCAGAGGAACUGUUGAAGAAAGCCCAAGUGGACAUCAACACAUUAAAGUGUAAAGAUGUAGAGAAAAACGAAUUAUUCUCUCAAUAUGAAGAAGAGAAGAAGAAAAUGAAACAUGACCUUGAACUGUUCAAACAACAGUUGGAAGUAUAUCGCUCAGAUUUUGAAAUAGAGCGAACCGCACGAGAGGAACUAGCUGGUCAAAAGGAUCAACUUCUAACGGAUUUGAAACUAUUGCAGAGGCGAAAUCAACAAUUGAUUGAGGAGAAUGAGAAACGAUUUCAAAACGUUUCUUCACCACUUCCAAGCUCUUCAGCAACGGCUCCACCUCCCCCUCGAGACGUGCUAACGAGCAAUAAUUACGUUUGCCCUAUUUGCAAUAAAAUCUUCAAAACAUUGGGCCCUCUGGAGCUUCAUGUGCAGAACUGUUACUAAUUUUCAUUAACUUAUAUAAACUAACAAUGUAUACUACAAGUGAUGCCUAUGUCAAGAAUAAUAAUCUGUUAUUUGAUAUCCACGUAAAACUUCGUGUCUUAAAAGGAAAGUUCUAUCUGAGUGUUAUUACAACUCCAUAUUAGGUCAUUAAGUUAAUAAGAGUGAGUUGUAGAUUUUUUCAUAUGCUUCAUAUACAUUACAAACAGUAAUUUUAGAAUACAAAGCCGUGCGAAUAAUUAUUAACCAAGUAUAGAUAAUUUCCCUAUCAGUUCAAAGACUUCUGUUUACAAGGUAUGGGACUUGCCUUCACUUGCCUUGACUUAAGGUGAUAAUUCGCCACAAAAGUUGAGGUUUCCAGAGUUGUUUUCACGUUGAAAGCUUAUUGAAAUAUGUGAGGUUGGUUUACCAAUGCUGAAUUUCGUUUUCACUCAUAAAACAUUUUUUCGUGAUGAGUGUAAGAGAAGCUCACAUUACUGGUAAUAUCGUUUUGAACGAGCUCAGAAAGGAGCAUCCUUUCGAAAUUGCGAUAACGCACAUCGAACUCGUUUUGAUGUCGGCUCUGACAGCUGUCCGAAACAUACUAAUUGCCAGAGUUACUGAAAUAUGCAUAAAUAUGCGUCAUUAAUGAGAGCCAAGAAAUUUUUAUUCCACUAUUUAUUUAGAAGGCUUCGUGGAAUGCUUCAGAAUCCCCAAACGUUCAAAACGGUUUGAAAUAACAUCGUCUAAUUCACGAAUUUCCUUUCUUUCCUUAUUAUUCUCGUAUGCAUAGAAUUACAAAGUCUCGAAAUCUUCAGCAUACGAUUUGAUAUCUAAAAUCUAAAAGUUUGUAUAUGACACUGUUAAAUUAUUUUCUUUUACGAUAUUGGAGGAAAAUCAUAUAAAUAAAACUUAUGACUCGCCCCGAUACGCCAAUUAUUUUGAAGUUUUUAACAGGAAAAUAUACAAUCCAACAACUAAGGAACUUCCUUUGUAAAAUUAUAAUAACCGAUAAUCUAUCUAUCAACGAUUAGUAAGAAAAAUUAUUAAUUUGACUGAAGUAUCCAAUUUAUGUUGAAUUCUUUUCUGAGCUGAAUUGUAUAAAAAGGAUUUUAUUUGUAAAUAUUAAUUAGAAUAAUAAAAGUAUCGCAGAACGAAAACUACCCAAGAGGCAACUCAGAUUAACCUAACUUGUAAAGUGUAAAAUUCAAACUCACCUCCAUAUUCAAUCUGGGUAGCCUAGUUUUAUCAAAUAAAUAUAUAAUAAAGAUAACCAACAUAUUAAAUAUGUAACUGGAUAAAGAUGGUUUUUAACAUAUGCUCUAGGUACAAUUAUACAAAUGUAUUCAUUAUUAUUUCUUUCUAGAAAAUAUAGAAAAAUGCAUUAUAAUA